UGCCCGCCCUCCCCCCGCUCCCUCCGGGGCCCCGGCCUCCCUCGCCUCCCGCGGGGGGUGGCCCCGGCCCGGGGGCUCCGGGCGGCCCGUCCCGGCCCGUUCUCCCUCGCCCCCACCGCGCCCCGCGGGGGCGGUCCCCGAGCCGGCGGUGCGGGCCCGGGCAGGCCGCGCCGGGCUGGCGCCGACUUUUCCCCGCUCGGGGCUGAGGAAACGUGCGGCCCCGGUCGCUGACGGCGGGUUCUGACCCUCCCUGUCACCUCUGGCAGCUUCCCCGACCCCGCCGCGGAGCCUCGGGAGGCCAUGGAGCGGCGCGUCCCCGUCCACACGCUGCCCGAGGGGAUUCGCAAGAUGUCCCGGGAUGAGACAGUGUGCAAAUACUGUGGAGUCAGCUACUUGAUUCUUCAUGAGUUUAAGGUGAUGGAAGAAAAAGUAAAAGCAAUGGAAAAGGAGCUUAAAUUUUAUGAAGGAAGUAUAGAACGGGAAAAAGGACUUCAAGCAGAGUUGCAGUCUCUUUACCAAGACCUGGAACACUAUCGAGCUGACAGUGAAUCCAAAACAGAAAGAAUAAAAAACCUAACAGUGGAGCUGAAAAACAAGCAGGAUGAAGUAAAAAAUAUGAAAGAGGAUUUGCGGUAUUUUCAAGAGGAGAAGGAAGCUGCCUCCAAGCAAUCCCAAGUGCUCAGAAAUGCUUUGGAACACCAUUGCUCAACUCUGAACAAGGCUAUCUCACUGUUUCCUUUCAUUAGAAGUGAACUAGAUGGCAUUAAGGAAGUCAUCUCCAGUAAUCUAGAGAGCUGGGCUGCCCUGAAAGAAGAAAUUCUGCUACAAAUAAAAGCAGUUAGCAAAGAAGCUUUGACAGAAAUACCCAAAUUGAAUCAAAGACUAGCAAAAUCCCAGCGAGAGAACGAGUGCCUGCAGGAAAAGGUGAAGCACCUGUCGCUGGUGGCCGACACGGUGGAGCUGAAAACUCAGCAGCUUCAAACUUCUCUCCAGCAAGGGAAUGAGCUACAAAGCAGGUGCCGUGAGCUGCAAAAGGAAACGUUAGAUUUAACAAAUCAAGUUGAGACGAUUGGACUGAAGCUGCAGAAGGUAACAGCUGAGAUGGACCACUACAAGAAGCUGCUAAUGGUGAAAUCGGCGGAACUUGAUGUCUGUCAAAAUGAGCUGAAAAAAAUGAAGUAUGACAAUGGAAUUUCUGAGUCAAGACUGACGAAAGAGCUGAAGGAAAAGGAGGAAUCUCUUCACAUUUGCCAACAAGUCUGCAAACAUUUACAGGAAGAAGUGGCCGAGAAAGAAAGGAAAGAGGAAGAUCUGAAAAGAAGAAUGGGUCGAUCAGAGAGUGAACUGGAAGCCCUUAAAGCUGUUCUCCAGCAAACCGAGGAGGAGGUGGUGGUGCUGAAGCAAGAAAGGGAGUUAAUGCUGAUUUCUCAUCAGAACAGAACGGAGCAGCUGCAGGAAACCUUAAGGCAGAAGAUGCGGGAUGAAGAUAGCUGGAGGGAGAAGAUGGAAAUUGACCUGGCUAAAGGUGAAGCGCGACACAAAGAAGCGAUUCUGAAAGUCAAGGAGGAGGCCAGAGUGGAACUAGACAUGGAGAGACAAAAGCAGCAGGAAUUAAUCACCAAGUAUCAGCGAGAUCAUGAAGAGCUCCAGAAGAAGAUACCAGGAUUAAUAUCCAGUGCCACCAACAGUCUAAGGCUGGAGGCAGAAAUGCUGGAAAAGAAGCUACAAGAUGCUCAGCUGAAACUUGCAGAGAAGGAUGAAGAGAAGGAAAAAGAAAUUCAGAACCUUAAAAGACUAAUUACAGAACUUGAAUUUCAGCUGACAAUGGAAAAGAACAAUAAUGAAUCAUUUCUGGAUAAUAUGAGGAAAGAAAUUAAACGCAAGUCAGAUGAACUGGAAAAAUUAACCCAGGAGAGGACACAGCUGAUUCACAAUUUGAGUCAAGUUCAAAAGGAGAACGCCCUUCUCCAGGAGACGGUGCGCAGGGAGUGCGAGGAGCGCUGCGAGCUGACUGCGGCUUUGGCUCAGGCCAGGGAACAAGUGCUGGAGCUCAAGAAGCUGAGCGGAAACUUCCCCUUCUCCUCGUGCUCCCUGGCUCGGGGCAGCUUCACCUCCCCGGCCGCCCUGCUGCCCCGGGCCCGGCCGAGCAGCCGCCCGCUGCCCGGCGCUGCCCGGGACCUGCGUGUCUCGGCGCCGCCGGGCGCUGCCGGCGCUCCCGGGGCCAGGGCGGGCAGGCCGGCCCUGCGGGCGCGGAGCCCCCCGACCCCCAGCCGGGCCCGGGCGGGCUCGCUGCCCCAGCCGCGGGGCAGGGCGGCUGCCGUGCGGAGGCAGCUCAGCCAGCUCUGACUGCCCGGCUCUCGGCGUCUUCCUGCGGCGAUCGUGCUGCUCUGGCCGUGGCAAACCAGAGAAUCGUCAAGGUUGGAAGGGACCUUAAAGACCAUCCAGCUCCAACUCCCCUACCCUGAGCGGGGAACCGCCAGACCAGGCUGCACAAAACCUCGUCCAACCUGGCCUUAAAAACCUCCAGGGAUGGGGCAUCAACAGCCUCCCUGGGCAACCCAUCCCAGCUCCUCACCACCCUUAGAGUGAAGAAUUCCUUCCUACAUCUCCCCUCUCUCAGUUUAAAACCACUACCCCUUGUCCUAUCACUGCCUUCUCUGAUGAAAAGCCCCUCCCCAGCUUUCCUGGAGCCCCUUCAGGCACUGGAAUCGAGGUAAUUAAAUGCUACCAACACUGCAAGGUGACAGAAGUGAAAGAAUGCCUCUCCAAGAGGAGCGAGAUCUCUCCAACAUCUUCAGUAGGUGUGAUUCAAAUAGCUGCCAGUUUCAAAUGCUGUUUCCCCCUAAGCACUUGGUUGGAUUGUUCCUGUUUUGUUUGUUCUCCUCGUAAUGUCAUUGCUUGUUUCUGGUGUAAAAAGUGUGGUAUUUGUUCAGUCAGAA